AGUCAGCAGCAUUAUAAUAUGAAAUCUUGUGCAUUGUGCUAACUACCAAAAACAAAAAGAUGAAAUUUAUGCAUAAGUAUCAAUCUAUAAUAUAUAUUAGAUAACCUAUUACUUAUGAACAACAUUAUUCAUUGCUUCUGUGUCUGAUUCAUUUCAACUAAUAAAUAUCAAAUAAUAAUAAACGUAACCAAAUAGGAUAUUACAUAUUUAAAAAGAUUAAAUACAUAUAAUGACGUUAAAAUCAUCUGCCAAAUAAAUUACUUAAUUGUUUGUUUAGUGUUCAUAAAGUUAAAUAAAUCAGUUGAGGCAUCAUAUGAAUGUGUAUAUACCCAAAUUCCACCUUGCAUUCUAUAAACUUACCAAUAUCCAUUCUUACAUAUUGCUCGGAUAUAUUUGCAGAUAAUUCUUCUGCGUUAGAUUUCUUCCGUCUAACCAUUUCAACUUAACAUAUUUUCAAACUAAAAAUCAAAAAAUUAAAUUCCAAUACAAAUGGCUUUAGAGGUAUUGACAGUUUAUGUGUCUGAUUAGUUGGUGGCCAGCACAUUUAGAGAACACAGCCAGGUUUUAUAUAUAAUUCUGUGGUUGAUGGUACUUUGAUUCUAUGGAUUCUACUGGAUUAUUUCGGUUGACAAUACUGACAGUUACUAACACCACAGAACAUACUAAACAUUAGUAUACACACUAUACAUUAGUAUGUUUUGUGAAUAACACUGACAGAAGGAGAGUUAUUCACAACAAAGAAAUAUAAAGGAAUUUAAUUUUGCAGGGUUAAUAUUGAUUAAUUAUUUAUAUAUCCCUUUUUAAUAUAAAAUAUUUGCUUGACGAUUCGUUAUUAUAAUGGUUUUAACUAAAGAAUACAGGAUAUGUAUGCCCAUGAGUGUCGAAGAGUAUCAUAUUGGACAACUGUAUAUGAUAGCAAGGCAUAGUUUAGAACAAUCUGGAGAUGGGGAAGGAGUAGAAGUAAUUGAAAACAGAGAAUGUCUAGAUGACAAACAUGGAAAAGGGCAGUUUACAGAAAAGAGAAUUCAUCUGUCUAGCCGACUCCCUUAUUGGAUACAAUCCGUCAUACCAAAAAUAUUUUAUGUGACUGAAAAAUCAUGGAAUUUCUAUCCAUUCACUAUAACUGAAUAUACAUGUUCUUUCAUUCCAAGAUUUAACAUAUCAAUUGAAACCAAAUAUGAUAACAAUAAUGGAUGUACUGAAAAUUGUCUUGGCUUAACUCCAGAAAAAUUAGUGGACAGAACAGUUGAUUACAUAGAUAUUGCUUACGAUGAAGUAUCUGCCAAACAUUACAAAGAAGAGGAGGAUCCCAGGUUCUUUCAGUCAAGAAAAACACAAAGAGGACCUUUAGUAGAAGGAUGGAGAAACAACUUUCAACCAAUUAUGUGUUCUUAUAAAUUGGUUCAUGCUUCUUUUGAAGUUUUUGGUUUACAAACAAAAGUGGAAGAUUUUAUUCAUUCUUGUAUAAGAGAAGUACUGCUAUUAGGUCAUAGACAAGCAUUUGCUUGGAUAGAUGAAUGGAUUGAUAUGACUAUGGAAGAUGUUAGAACAUAUGAAGCAAAUUUACAGAAGCAAACAAAUUCUCUAUUAAAGCAAGCAGAAACGCCUAUAACAGCUGCAGAUGGUGGUGGAUCUUCGACAUUGGUUGGAAACGACGGCGGAGGAGAUAAUGGAAUUUUCAAUAAUACACUUGGUAUAACCCCUCCAGAAACGCCAAAGUCGCCUGUAAAAAAAGGUUAUUUUUCUGGUUGGUUUUAAUCUUGAAUCCAAUAAAGGUUGCAUCAUAAUUUAUUGUGCAAUAUAUAUUUAUUAUGUUAUUCAUUUGAAUCCAGUUGAUUUAUUAAAAUUUGUUUCAGGAAAA